AUGCUGCGACCGGCAUUCGGGGCGUUCGACGCUCUCCUCGGAGGGAACGCGGCGCGAGGGAACAUUACGAGGCACCUUGCUGGAAAGAGCAUGGCGAUGAGCAGGGCAUCGGCGAAAGCCAUAGCUACUCCAUGGCAUCAGAGGGCGCUGAUGUCGCAGCUCCGGAUGACGAGGACCACGGCCGCUCGGUCGAAGUUUGCGCAGGCUAGGAUACCCGUCUUCAAGCCGAAGCGUCCCUUCCAUACCACGCGGCCUCGGCGAGCUGGCGCGGCACCGAAGUCUAGUGAUGCGGCGCCCGAAGCUUCGCUAUCGCUCAGUGCCAGGCUCAAAAAGUUGUCGAGAGAGUAUGGCUGGGCUGCGGCUGGGAUAUACCUCGCUCUCUCCGUGUUGGAUUUCCCGUUUUGUUUUUUGCUCGUCCGGACGGUGGGCACCGAGAGGAUUGCCUAUCUCGAGGACAUCGUGGUGCGCAAUGCCCAAAAAGUCAUCCCUGAACGGCUCCAGGCGUGGUGGCGCGAAUACCGCCACGCUGCCAAGGAGGCGACGAGGGAACGGACUGGCGAGGUGGGCGAGCUCGAUAUUAUCGGCCACGGCGUCGCAGAGGCCGAGCAGCGGACCAAGCAAGAGGGAGCAAGUCUUGCCACCCAGCUUGCCCUCGCAUACGCUAUCCACAAGAGCUUCAUCUUCAUCCGUGUCCCUCUAACGGCUGCCAUCACCCCCAAGGUGGUUAAGAUACUCAGAUCAUGGGGCUGGCAAAUCGGCAAGAAGGUCAAGCGGUGA